GCCAUGCCAUGUGAAAUUAGGCCAUACCAAACCUGCACAUGUGUGGAGAAAAAAAAAAAGAAGAGGCUGUGCCAUCUUGAUUGGGGGGCUAUUUAUAGGUAUGUGCGUCCAAAUCUUUUUUUGGGAACAGGCCGUACCCCAUCCCACAUUUGACGCUGUAAACCACCACGCAAGACACUGUUAACACCUCCAAGACAUACCUUACGCAUAAAAAGUAAUGUCAUUCACUAGGCUCAGAGUAUGAAAUAUUGUGUUAUUAAUUCAAAUGUUCUAAAUUUGUACAUCACAGUUGUGUUUUAUUUCAAUUAUACAGUAUUUCAACACAUUAAACAGACGCCACUUAGUUUUGAUGCUAAACGUAAAUCAUAUAAUAUAUGCUAUUUACUACAUUUCUUGACGCGACGGUUUCCUCCGCGCAGUCGAGCCGCGGCUACGGACGGACUGCCGUAUAAACACACCCUUGCACGCGAUUGGUGGAGACGUUUUAGCGCGACGUAUCGCAGCCAAUCAGGGGAUUGUUUUUCUGUCACGUCGUUGCACGGAUAGUAAGCUAACGGAUAAUGCAAACAUAAACUAAUAUAAAGAACGAGGGUUGUAGCUCACCACGAAGCUGCACAGAACGACUUGGUUGCUUGGAGCGAGACUUUUCUGUUUUUGUUUUAUUGGUGAAAAUGUGGCGCGGCCGCCGUUGCUCGGACACGAGAGCUGGCUAACAACUGUUAGCAAUAGCCUGCUAACUGUUAACGUCCCACAAGGCCGCGGAGAAAUACGAGGGCUGCUUCCUGUUCUGGCUUUAUCAAGUAUGUAGGCUGCACUACGACUCGAUAUCGAGUUCGCGGCAGUAUUUUGAGCAUCUAAUUAAGCGCUGUGGUCGAUUACAUAGAAAUUGUUUAAUACGAGCUCGCGGGCUAUCUAGCUUGUUAGCUAUUUAGCUAGCUAGCUAGAAUGAGCGAAGUGACAGACUGCACACAGUCCGCUGACUCUGCGUCCAGGAAACGGUGUCCAUCACCCGACCAGGAUGGAGGUAGCACGGUUCCCAGCAAGUCCGCCAAAGUAGGCGAUGUGUUAAAAGAAACAGGGGUAACUUCUGAAAGUUGUAAAAACAGUGAAGCCGAGAGCAAAGGAGCAGCGGGAAGCGAGGGCCAGUCAAAGGAGAGUGCGGCUGAGCCAGCUGCCGUGCACACGGAUGACACCAUCACACAGCCUGUCAACAGCUCCAGUGCUGACGGCCACGAUGCCAGCAACGCUGACGAACCACAGCCCUCGGAGGCGCAUGGGUCGCACGACGCACAAGAACAAGCGGAGAAGACUAAAGGUACACAGCAUCGAUCCUCAACUCCCAUGGACCAGUCCGACUCAGCAGCCAUAGCAGCUGCUGAGGCACUUGCCAGUCUCACAGGAGGAGACGGGGAAGACAGUCAAGAGACUCCUUGCUCAUCUGAAAAAGUAAAACAUAUCAAACAGGGGAGUAAAUGCAGACAACGUGGGGGGCACCAGUCCUCAAAAGUUGGCUCUAAAACGCAAGCGGCAGCUGCAGACAGCUCCACUUCUGUGCACAGCACUGACAGAGAAGAUGCAGAUGAGAACCCAGAAGUAGACGAAGGCGAUGAGUCUGUGUCUGGAUCUUCCUCCACGGCAAGCUCCUCUUUUCCAUCAGACAACGAGGACAAUGAUGAUGGGGAGUGUGCCAUUGUGUCAGUGAAGAUGGCCCCAGAGAUGAGGCAGUCAGUGGCUCUUCUGGCGCAGGUACAAAUGAGACUGGAAGCUCUUGAGAAGAAAAGCGCCCGCCUUCACCAACGACUGGAGCUGAAGAUCAGUCGCCAGCGACGGCCACAUCUGGACCAGAGGAGCUCCAUCACGAAAACUAUUCCCGGCUUUUGGGUGACAGCUCUGUUGAACCAUCCUCAUCUCUCAGCUCACAUUGAUGAGACGGACGAGGACGCUCUUAGUUACAUGACUGAUCUUGAGAUUGAGUCUUUCAAACACAACAAACUGGGCUACAGGAUUCGCUUCCACUUCAGGCGGAACCCAUACUUUCAGAACAAUAUCAUCAUGAAGGAGCUCCACCUCGGGAUGGGAGGUAAAAAUAAACAUGGAUCUCCCUUGUCGUUCUCUAACCCCAUCCUGUGGCAUCGUGGACACAACCUGACGGCCCACAGUGAACCCAGGAAGUCGUCGCGGGGGGUUUAUGAAACCUUUUUCAGCUGGUUCAGCGACCACAGUAACCCAGGACAAGACGAUGUAGCGCAGAUAUUGAAGGAUGACCUGUACAGAGACCCUCUGAGAUACUACCUCACUCCUCUGUGGGAACCGAGGGAGAACGGCAGUGGCACUGCGGCCAGAGCUUCAGGAAACGGCAACAGAGAUGAGUGUGUGGUGAUCUCUGACUCGGAUGACGAGGAGCAGGGUUCGGAGAAGGGUGAGCCUGAACAAGGCCACAGUAAGGAGGGGGAGGAAGAGGAGGAAGAAGAAGAAGAAGAGGAGGAGGACGACAGGGGCCCAAGUGCAGAUGAGAGCCCAGAGGAGGAGGAUGAUGGUGGAGAAAUUGUGAUUGACGGCUCAGAUGACAGUGACCAGGAGGAGGAGGAGGAGGAGGAGGAAGAUGAGGCCUGAGGGGAAGUGAUGGAGGCGAAGAGGCGUAUGUCAAAGAAGGCACGUCGACAUCGGGACCAGAGACUGGGAAGAGGAGGCAGAGUUGACAAAAACUAACAGCGCAAGCAUUGAAUCCUUCUUCCUGAUGUUUUAUGCACAGAUUAUGAGUUGUUUUCUAUAAGGAGAAAAAAAAACAUAACUUUUUAAAUCAGGGUUAAAUAAUAAUAAAGCCAAGGCAGCAUGUGUCCCCUCUGUUUUAUACAGUCGGUACUGUGUAUUCUGUGUAUUCUGUUCACUUUUUGCAUAUUUUUAUUUUCUAAAAGGAUCCUCGGGCAUGUUUUGCCCAUCGGUUCAUACAAGUUGUGUUCUUCUACUCGGUGAGGAGCAUUAUACCACGACCACGUAGAUGAGAUUUAGAUGCCACUUCUCAUCAGAUUUUGCAUCACAAAUCACUCAAAACCUUUCAGAGGCAUUAUUACCUGUCGUAUCAAGAUGAAGAAGUUCGGGCUGUUUUUAGAUUUAGACGUGUGACAAAGUAAACAUGUCACUAGCAUUAAAUUUGAGGUAAUGACAGUACAUUUCAGAUGCACUGAGUACUGAACCAGAAUUUGUUCUCAGGGAUGAUCAUGGUGGUAGUUGUGUGGAAAGAACCCUACUGAUUUUUACAAACUGGUUAUUGUUGGUUGUGUAUAAAAAAAAAAGUGUACUCUACUGUAGUAAAUAGGAACAAUUAUUGUUUUAAUAGACUACUUGUGUUUAUUCCUCUUCUAUGCUUUCCGUCCUGUUACUCACCAACCUCCAGCCCUGUCUGCGACCUGUAAACCGUCUCCGAUGUUCAGAAUCGUUGUGUAGCUUGACCAACUUUCCUCUGGAUUCCUUCUCCUACAAUUGGUAGAGUUUUGUAUUUUCUUUUAACUUAAUUUGCUUUCUGAAACAUUUAAGGUUUACUUUCUCGUAACGUUUUCAAGAUUUGUGUUAUCUUAAAACUACUGUAUUUAUUACAAUGUUUUACUACACAUCCACGUUAUGGCAUGCCUGUGCGCGCAAGAUGUAUGACAGGAUGGUUAGAUUACUUACAGAAAUAAACCGCUGUGCACAUCGUCCGUAAACGUUAAACACACAGCCACAUCACGGGGUGCACUGUAACAACCUUGGUAUUUGUAUUUGCUUACUUUUCUCAGCAAUGAACCUGUAAAUAAUACUUCAGCAUUGUCCUUAGGAUAAGACUUGUUUAAUCCAUGGAUAAAUCUAUCGAAUAGUCUGGAUUUUUUCAUAAACACGAUCAGAAGGUUAUAUUUUGUGUGCUGUGUUUUAUAGAACACUAGUUAAUGAUACCUACUUGUUGUUUUGGUUGACUUUAUUAUUUUUGUUUGUUUUUGCUUACAGAUAAAUGUCCACCUUUUGCCUCAGACCUAAUAAAAUAGACAGUUGUUUCA